UGUUUGUGUUCAGCAAAAUGUGAUUUUUUUUUCUUUUAAAGAAAAAAAGUGAAAAUAUAUAGUGCCAAAUUCCAAAGGUACUUCCUUCCUAGAGCUUCAGUGUGUUUCUUGUGAGAAGUAAUUUGAUAACAUGGGUAUUUUAUUAUGUGUUUUGUAUAAAUCCCUAAUAUUUAAAAAACAAAAAACAACAAAAAAAGAGGUUAAAAAGUUUGUUAACUUGCUAUCCUGUGGUCUUGUUGCCUGAAAUUGUUAUUGUUUGUUAUUUCUCUAUGAUGUUUUUUGUAAGACAUUGUAUAAGUGCCCAUGUCUCACUUUUUUAACCACUCUGAACAUCAAUGCUGUGACAGCAACCUCACAAUGUAUUUUCUUCAUGAUAUAUGGAAACCUCUAAGGUGAGAAAGUUUUGAACUUUUAACCCUUUCUACCCAGCGCUAUCUGGAAUGUUAACUUUUUAUGCUGUCAUCAUUUUCAUUUGUUUUGGGGUGUUUCUAAUUUGGAUUUUUUUUCCUGCAUAUAUCUUUGAGUUGUUUCUGUCUUUACUACUACUUUAUCCUUUGGUUGAGAGCCAAAAGAAAGGAAAAAAAUAACACUUUAAAAAGAGUUACUGGAUAAACCUUCUGAGGGGAACAGUAGCUAGUCAAGCACCUAAAUAAACCUUAAAUUCAAUAUGCUUUUGAGAUCAGGUUAGUGGUAUGUUCCAGUUUAGAAUAAUUUCAUAUACCUUCCAGUUAAAUGGCUUUGUGAUGAUGGGGUAGUCUUUUGAGGGAUUUUUGGUUUUCUUACAUAUUCCCAAAUUAAUGUUUCUUAUCAGCCAUUGUGCAGUGGAUACCUCUGAAUAAGCCAGGUGUCUGGAGUUAGAAGUUGACAAUCCUUUUCCCUGCCUUUUUGUUUCUUUUGAAUUGAAUGCAUCUAAAGGGGACUGACCAUCAAAGGCAAACUCAGUUCAUCACAGUUACUGACCAAAUACCUAGCACCCGUUCCUGCUGCCACUUUCUAAAGCGCCAUAUUUCUUUGACUUUCACUUCAUGUGAGCAGGUCUCUUGCUGUCCUGACAAACCCCAAAGUCAUCCCCACAGUCCCAAAACACACCCCUGCCUUUCUGGAAGCUUCUUUGUCUCUCUAAUGGAGUUCAGAAACUGCUGGCUCCAUUUCCUUCCUCCUUUUCCCGCUCACCACCCUGUUUGGUUUAAUAUGUGUGUGGAUGUGAUAGCCCUGGGAUGGAAAGGACUAGCCUCUAAUAAUGAUGCAAAAAAAAAAAAAAGUUUCCUUCUUAUAGCACAUGCACUUACAAUGAAAUGAUCUGUAUUAUCCUCACACGUGUUUACUACUGCUGGGGCCUUCCUUCAUCCUUCGAGGGCUAUUUUGUACUUCCUGCAGCAAACAGCUGAAUAACAGAGGUUAUCGCACUUGUCUCUCUCGUGUAGAUGAUAAUAUGGUGGUACACAGAUACAUCCAUAAGAACACAAGACAACACCAUUUGAAUUUCCUAGACUGUCUCAUUUAGAACCUCUUAGCAAGUAUACAGAAAUCUUAAACCAUUUUUUCCCAUUUCUUCACUGAAGCCAGAAGCGCUCCGGUGCCCUCCUCCCACUGCCUGCAUCUCCCCCAGGGGAGCUGAGUGCACUGACAAGAGGCUCAGGGUGGGCACUUAGAGCUGAGUGUUUAUUCUGCAGGCAACCAAGACAGACUGUCUGUUACAGGGAAAGUCUUUUUUUGGGGGGGAGGGGGGCAUGUUUCAUUGCUAAAAAGGUAACCCUCCUCAAAGACAAGUUGUCCUUUUCUUCACUUUCUCUCUUAAUAUCAAAAGGAAAAAGCUGCAAGGGUGCGAAGGGCCUGUGCCAGAAGAAAAAACAAACACACAGGGAAACUGCUUUUUUAAAAAUCAAGUGUAGACAAUAGUCAUUUUUAAACUAAAUUAGAGAAUUGCGAUCAAAUGGCAGUCCUCAAAGGCGUAACAAGUUCAUCUUUCUUUCACCAUAGGGGUUAUAGUUCUUUGGCUUGUGCUACUCUGGACUCAUUUUACUGUUUCUGUUUUUAUUAUCUUAAGUGCUAAUUAACAAGAAGAAAUAAAAUUUUAAAAAAACCUGUAGUUUCAUUACCUUUUUGAAUAAUGUCAUACAAAAAAAUGUAUUUGUGUUUUUUUGUGCUGUGAGAAUUGUUGUUUGUAGAUUAAUAAUAUCAUUUUGUUUAGAAUUACAAAAUAGUUUUUAAAUAUUGUCUGAGAAAAGCCAAAGUUAAUGCAACCUAGUGGAAAACUGUAAGACCAUUUGAGUAUUGUUUCUGUUUUAUUGAUGCAUUUGGAUUUUGUUGUUUGAUGGAAUUUGAGCCAAAAAAAAAUACGCAGGCUUUCCUAUUUCUACAACUGAUUGUACUUAUGCAUUUUGUACCAGUGGAACUUUUUAUACUGGAGAUUAAAAAAAAAAAUGGAAAUUUUUGUGGCUUACUCUAGUGGGCCCCCUGACAAUGACUGAUUUCAAGUUUGAUUUCUGGUUGAUAGAAAGAAAGUUGCUUUUCUUUUGAGAAUUAAAAACUUUGGCUUGAUUUCUUUUUUCCCUUUGCUUAUAUCUAGCAUUAGAAUUUUGUCUUAAAAUACAGCGGUAAGUUUCACUUUUUAUUCUGUAUUGUGCAGUUACACAAUAAGGUAAUUAGAUUUAGAAGUACUCAGUCACUUUAAGUGGAUAAAUGUAUUAGUUAAAACUUUAGGGGUUUGCUUUUUUGCUGUUUAGAUCAAAGUUUUUUCUGAUUCUUCUGUCCUCAUUGUGAACAUAACCGUGUAGUUGAAACAGUCAAACUUAUUUUUGUAACGUAUGUUAUUGUGUGAUGCAGUUUUUUGCUUCUGUCUCCAAUAUUAAACCAUUUUCCUAAUA